UCGCAGAUCCAUCGGUAGGUGGCGACAGCGCUCUCCCAGGAUGGCUGAUAUACAGUGGCUGGAUUGUAUCGCGAAAUAUACUGCACUAUCUCAAAACGUGGGCGAGAAAAUGUACCUUUUACCAAAACCUGCAAGAAUCCAUUAGCAUACACAUCAACACGAUCUGUCUCCACUUCUUGUCGGUCUUUUCCAUGUUAAAGUUUAAUGUAAAUUUCAACAUACUUUCAACACGUUUUGGUUAAAAGCAAGAAUUAGCUUGCAAGCUAGCAAUUCUUAAUACCUGUAUAUUAAAGAAUAUGUCCAUGGGUGUCGUUAGGUUCGAUCAAUCCGAGUAUUUAGCCCCGAUGCCAAUCUUCCUUCAAAAUAAAAAAAGUCAAACUCCAGGUGAACUUGACUUGGCCCCUGAUCGUUUCAAUGGCUAGAAGCUCCCCUGGAUAUGUCCCAGAAACAACAUAAACCAUCAUGUACGACUUGGUUUUCUACACCUUUUUUUAAGUAAUUAACACCAUAAGCGCAGAAUCGAGCGAGAGGCGCUGUCAACCUAAGGGCCCGACUUCAUUCUUUGCCAUUUAAUUUUUAACCCGGCGCGCAGUGACCGCGUUUCUGUGCGGGGAGGGAUUGACUGCGGUCUCGCCCGCCUUCCCCGGUUUUCCACUGCAGGGAGGGAGAGAAAGUGGAGCCUCCUUCGCGACCGUAUCGCAAAGUUGCAGCUUUGCUACGCACGGUGGACAUGCAGCGCUGGAAGGGCAGGGUGGCGCUGGUGACCGGAGCCUCUGUGGGCAUCGGGGCAGCGGUGGCCCGGGCGCUGGUCCAGCAGGGUAUGAGGGUUGUCGGCUGUGCCAGGAACGUGGACAAAAUAGAGAAGCUAGCAGCAGAGUGUCAGAGUGCUGGCUACACUGGAACCCUGAUCCCCUACAAAUGUGACCUGUCUAACGAGGAGGAGAUUCUCUCCAUGUUCUCUGCCAUCAAGACUCUGCACCAGGGUGUGGAUGUGUGCAUCAACAACGCCGGCCUGGCCCGAGCAGAGCCCCUGCUGAGUGGCAGGACCAGCGGCUGGAGGAACAUGAUUGAUGUGAAUGUGCUCGCCCUCUCCAUAUGCACGCGUCAGGCGUACCAGUCGAUGAAAGAGAGACACGUGGAUGAUGGCCACAUCAUCAACAUCAACAGCAUGGGGGGCCACAGGAUGGUGCCCAGCGCUGACGAGCACUUCUACUGUGCCACCAAGUACGCAGUGACCGCGCUGACCGAGGGACUCCGGCAGGAGCUGCGGGAGGCCGGCACCCACAUCCGGACCACGUGCAUAUCCCCGGGAAUAGUGGAGACGGAGUUCGCCUUCCGGCACCAUGACAGUGACCCUGAGAAGGCCGCAGCCACCUAUGAGAGCAUCAAGUGCCUGAAAGCAGAGGACAUAGCGAAUGCGGUCACGUACGUGCUGAGCACACCCUCCCAUGUGCAGAUUGGAGAUCUGCAGAUGAGACCAGUGGAGCAGGUGUCAUAGCAACGAGGAAGAAGCUGGGGAGGCAGGCCGAGCCCCACCGCCGUACAGGCUGCACAGCGCCACCUGCUGGGGGGGAGUGGGAGUACUGAUUUAAACUGGACUGGGAGGAUCAGCUUUUUAGAUUGGAGAAAAAAAAAUAUUCUCUAAUGAUGUGUGGUGAGUUCCUCAUGUGUUAUUCAGCACUUUUAUUGACUGGGAAAAUGGAGACUGUAUUGCUGCUGAAUUUCAUGGUUUAAUACACUCAUUGUUACAGUGG